CUAAAUAAAUAAAUUAGAAGGAAAAAAAAAAGAUGAAAAUCCAACGAUGAGAAAAUGGGGGAAACCCCGUUCAAUCAACUGGUGGCGCUGCUCAUUCCACCUAAACCCUAUUCCAAUGCUCUUCAACCUAAACCCCAUUUCAACCACCACAACCGCCACCUUAACCGUCGCCGACAUUGAGCAUGAUCUUCCCUCACUCUCUUCCUGAUCAUGCUAAUGCCCUCUCUGCGAUCCACUCGCAGAUUCUGCAACAAUUUCUCUUCCUCUUCCACCCUCAAUUUCAAAACGCUUAAACCCUUACAACCACCAGUUCUCGAUAAUCUCAAAUCUGAGUGGGACCCACACAAACUCUUCCAUCUCUUCGGAGCCAAUGCCACCAACCGCCUCCUCAUCGAAAACCGCUUCGCUUUCUACGACACCGUCUCCAGGCUCGCCGGUGCUAAACGCUUCGACUACAUCGAGCAAUUACUCGAACAACAGAAAACCCUACCGCAAUCUCGCCGUGAAGGUUUCGUCGUGAGAAUUAUCACCUUGUAUGGGAAGGCUGGUAUGAUUAAACACGCUCUUGAUACUUUUUAUCAAAUGCAUAGUUUUAAAUGUUGUAGAACUGUUAAAUCUUUCAAUGCUGCUCUUAAUGUUUUGGCUUCGAGUCGGAAUUUCGACGAGGUUGUGAAGUUUUUAGAUGAGGUUCCUUCUAGGUUUGAUAUUAAGUUAGAUGUUUAUUCUGUUAACAUUGCUGUUAAGGCUUUUUGUGAAGUGGAAAAGCUUCAAGAGGCUUAUUUAUUUAUGUUGGAUUGUGAGAAUAAUAAAGGUGUUAAGCCGGAUGUUGUUACUUAUACUACUCUUAUCUCUGCGUUUUAUGAGGUUAAGAGGUGGGAAGUUGGUAAUGGGCUGUGGAACCGAAUGGUGUUGAAGGGUUGUAUGCCGAAUCUUCAUACUUUUAAUGUUCGGAUUCAGUUUUUAAUUACUGUUAGGCGGGCUUGGGAUGCUAAUGCUCUGAUGGGUUUGAUGCAGAGAGUUGGGGUUACGCCGGAUGAGGUUACAUUAGUUUUGGUUAUCAAGGGUUUUUUUCUGGCUGGUUAUCCUGAGAUGGCGAUGAGGGUUUUUUCGACGUUGAACAGGAAGGGUUAUAAGACUAGUGCUAAUACUUACCAGACGAUGAUUCAUUAUUUGUGUAAGAGAGAGGAUUUUGUUCAGGCAUACAAGAUGUGCGAAGAUAGUAUGCGGAAAAAUUGGUUUCCGAAUGUAGGUACUAUCUUUAUGCUGCUGGAAGGCUUAAAGAGAUUUGGGGAGAUUGAUAAAGCGAAGGAGAUUGUUGCGUUGGCUGAGAGCAGAAAGCCUCCCUUCUAUUCCAGUUAUUUGGCUUCAAUGCAGUCCUUAUUGUCAGGGCAGUAAAGUUAGUGGAAUAGGGAAAUUAAUUGAGUUUAUUUAGUGGGGCAGCAGCUCUGAUGGAUCUGAUAUUCUUUGUAUUCCAUUCAUUUGUACAUCUUGAAAAUUUAUGUAACAAGCCUGAAAAUUUGAUGGCAUCUCAUUUAUACAAGCUGUCAAACAUCUGGUUUUUUCCACUCGUUAGCUCAUUGUACCUCCCUGAAUAGUAUUUCGGCUAAGAUGGUAUUUCAGAAGGAAAAUACUACCGGAUAAACUCUUGAUAUUCAUGCUGGUUUAGUGUUCUUUAAUAUUGUUCUGGUGAUAUGCUGUGGAUUGACUUUUAGCUUCAAUACUGCUUCGUUCUGAAUAAUUAAACGUCUAAAUUAGUUGUUGGAUGAUGUAUAGAUUUAAGGAUUGGUGUUUUAAAGCUUGGUAGAAUGUGAAGUUAAAUUAAACUUGGAAAAGGAAAAGCGUCAACUGGAAAUUUCUUGAAGUAUUUUGAUUUGCAAUUUGGGUCUUGUGUAGUGGAGAGCAGAUGUCUUGAUGUACAAUGCGCACCCAUUUCAGAUUUUGAGGAUGUCCGAAGGGCUUCUUUCAGCACUAUAUAAAUUAUGCAUGUGGUUCAAGGAAGUACUUAUGAAGAGAAUUAGUUUUAUUUUUAUUUUUAUUUACAGAGAUGGGUAUCUGCUAUUGGACACAGAUCUUAUUUUCAUACGUGUGGGAUUGAAGCUGGACAGUAGCUAAAUGUCUACCUGUAUUGGAGAAGUUGCAUCAGCCUUUUGCUUUUAAAAGUGCAAACUAUUGUGAAGGGUGUACGAGGGAGUAGGGACAAAGGAACAAGAAAGGAGAGCAUUAUUGCAUUGGAAGGCAAAAUUUAGCGCAAAUUCUGUGAUUAUGCAUAGCCACGAAACGUUCAGGACAUGAUCAUGGUGACAUUGCUGUUCCACAUGGAUAUGAUGUGUUGACUUUCCCAUGAUUGUUUCCACUGUCCUCGGCUAACAGCGCGGACAAUAAUUGUGCAGAUAAAGAGCAUGUACAAAAAGAGUAAAAGCUACACAGCUAGAAAAAAAUUACCAGAAUUUUGAUAGAAUACGAGGUUGGUGAGAAUACCAGGGGUAAUAGAGUGGUAAGCAACAUACCUAUUACUUCGUGUUGGCAAAAAGAUUCCUAAGGUUUUUUGUUUUUGUUUUUCUAUCAUUCUUUUCCAUAGAAGAAACAUGGGAAGCUUGAUUCCUCUAUGAAAAGCCAUGAAAGCAUACAAAAUGAUUCUAAGAAUAUUUGUCUUUCUCAAGAUAAUAUGAAGACAUGAAAGCAUACAAAGUUGAACAUUGAUUGCUUAUCCAUAAUUAAUCUCUUAUUUUUUCA